AUGUCGUCUUCUCGCACUACUUCCUUUUUGGAUCCGACCACAUCACGUGGAAUUGCCCUUGAAAUUGAACAACAUGUAGAACAAAAACAACUUGAACAAAUUCAUCCAUUCCGAUCUGGCCAGCUCAUUCCUUUUCAAUCUUGUUAUUAUGAAUUCCGAGUGGAAUCGUGGGAUGAAUUAUUGAACGAAGGAAAGAAGAAGAAUUCUUUCGUAAAUUAUUCUAACAAUCUCUUGAUUCACAUGUUAUUAAAUAAUAAUGCAAAUUAUGAUAGUUUGAAAAUGCUUGUUCCUUCUUUCCCACUUAAUUCUCUUCCUUUUACCUCCAACAAUAAUAAUGGUAUGCCAUACCCGAGUAUGCUAACAAGUGGUAGUAUGAAUUCUUCUUUUGGAAAUGUUUCUGUGAAAAACAAUGAAACGAGUUGCAAUCUUAUACACAAUCAUAGAGAUGGAUGGAAUGGAACAAAUUUUGUAAUGAGUCCUUUAUUUUCAAGUCAAACCAAUGUCAACAAUAGUGGGCAAACGCAUGACGUUCUUAAUAAUAGUAAUGUUCAACCAAUUUCUUCUCAAUUUUCAACAAACUUCGUAUCGAAUCGGACACCCAAAGAUCCUCUACAAAAUAAUAUUUUUCAAAAUUACUCAGGACCUUUCAGAAAUUUUACUGGUGGAAUUUCCACGUUUAAUGAUGUUAUUUCACAACCACAACCACAAAAACCCGCCCAAGAUAUAAGCCGAAGAAUUCCAGUGAAAUUAAUUUUAAAAGAUUUUCACACAAAUCUUUCAAAUAGCAACAUAAGUUCUCUUCCAAAUGCAUCCAAUGAUUUGACACAGCUACAACAAAAACUCUUUCUCAAAUUCCAAAAUCAAAUUCGUGGUUUUGUGAAAUGGUUUAAACGACGAGAGGAAAAAUUACAAAAUAUUCAAUGCUCUGAAAGUAAUGACAUGAUUCCGUUGGAAUUCCUUAAUGAUCACACAUUGAUGGAUAAAUUAAUCCAUAGUACAACCUCUCCAUUGAAUCAUUCAAUGAGAAUUCCUCCUUGGAUAUACCUCAACGUGGAUGCACACAACAUUCCACACGAUUUGAAAAGUGACAAGAAUUUUUUCAUCAAAGGUAUGAACAACUUUGGAACCUUAGUUUGGAAGUUCAUUCCUAACUCCCUCAAAAGCGAUCAAGAAAUAAUCGACGCUAUGGUUGAACAAUUCAUUGAACAAGGACACACACAAGCUCUCAAGUAUGCCUCUCAAAAAUUGAAAGAUGAUUCCGAAUUUGUGAUGAAAGCUUUGCGACAUGGUGGCGAAUGUUUACAAUAUGCUUCUGAUCGAUUGAAAGAUUCACUUCCUCACGUGUUGCGAUCUCUUCCAGGUGGACUUGUUCAUGCGAGUGAACGAUUUCGACAAGAUUUUGAAUUGGCUUUGCAACUAGUUAACAGUAAUGGUCUUUGUUUGCAAUACUUGUCCAAGGAGUUGCGAUCGAAUCGACAAAUUGUGGCUAGUGCUGUGGAACAGGAUGGAAACGCUCUUCAAUUUGCAUCUGAAGAAUUGCGAGACGAUACAACAAUUGUAGAUAUAGCCAUAGAAAACGACCCUGACUGCAUUCGAUUUGCUUCACACCACAUUCUUUCAUGCAAGAGUUACAUGAUGGAUGUGGUGUCAACAGAUGGCUUUCUUCUUCAAUAUGCUUCUAAAAAUUUGAAAGAGGAUGAAGAAAUUGUUGAGAAAGCAUUUCUUAAUGACCCACCAAGCAUUGUACAUGCUUCUAAAAAAUUUUUACUGAAAAACAAGUCCUUCUUGUUGAGAAUUUUAAAACAAGAUUUGUCAAAUGCUGCUUUGAAAGCAUUAAUGAACGAUAAUGAUUUUAAAUCUCUUUUUAGAGAUAAGGAAUUUGUUAUUGAAUGGUUAAAAGUGAGAGGUGACAUAUUCAUAAGCAAAUACUUUCCACGUGAUCUUUAUGGCAGUGAUAAGGACGUUGCUUUGGCUGCUGUUCUUUCAAAUGGGGAAAAUUUAGAUGAAAUUUCUCUAUUUGUACGACAAGAUGAAAGUUUUAUCACCGAAUGUGCUAAACAUGGAGUAUUUCCAAUGAUAUAUGGCAAUAAUGAUCAAGUACAAUAUUUCGAACGAUUGCAACGAGUGCGAAUGGAAGCAGAGUAUUAUGGAUGUCACAUUCCCUCACAUUACAAAAUAUCUAAACCCAUUCAAAGGUUGUACAUAGAUGAUACGAUCCACAUGAGUGGGACAUUAGAUACAAGAAAUUGGGUUGAUUUUGUCAAGUUUAACAAGGUCCUUCAGGAAAACAAAAACAUUUUUGAAACAGGGGAAUGA